AUGUUUCCGGUCAGUCAGAGUAAACAUGUCCCGGACCCUCAGCCGACGAACAUGCUUGAUUCGAUUCUGCCCCUCCUGGUCUUUCAACUGCCCGAGCCGGGACCCCGCAUCACCCUGUCUUGGACUAUCAGCGUUGGCAGACACGAUCAAUUGUAG